AUGAAUUGUUCUUGUCUCAACCAUAUUUCCUCCCUCUUUUCUGUCACCCACAUAAGCUCAUAUCUACCUUCCUGCUAUUCAUUGAUUGAUCACCUUUCUCUGCUCAAGACAUUGAUAGAGUUUAUAGCACAACGCCAAGGAUUUUAUCGUGAUACAACUGACUGCGUCUCUCUCUCUCUCUCUCUCUCUCUAUCUAUCUAUCUAUCUAUCUAUCUAUCAAUCUAUCCCUGUCUCUCUUUCUCUCAUUCUCUUUACUGCUACCAGAAACAAAAGAAAAAUUGUAAGAAAAAAAAGAUGGUCGAACACUUGAGAAUGGCAUCCAAACGCAUGUGCGGAAACUCACCGCAGCGGUUCCUGACAGAGAACGAAAGAAAAGAAACAAACAAUACCCCGGCCAUUAUCUAUCUAUCUAUCUAUCUAUCUAUCUAUCUAUCUAUCUUUCUUUCUUUCUUUCUUUCUUUCUUUCUUUCCUUUCUUUCUUUAGAUAGUAUUUAUCUCACUCUGUUCAUAUCUAUCUAUCUAUCUAUCUAUCUAUCUAUCUAUCUAUCUAUCUAUGUUCGUUUUAGACCAUUACUAUAUGUAUUCCAAUCUUUGAGGUUUACGAUCAUAUCAUGUUGA